UCAUAACCCAUACUUGAAUUUAAAGCGGAUAUUAAGUGCUACCGGAGUGGUGUAUUUAAUUCACGGAAUUCGCUUUGCGUUUAAGUUUUCCGAUAUUGCCCCUCCUACAACGAAUCCGCUACAGGCUUGUUUACGCUUUUGGAGCGUGUGACACAACAAACUUUCCUAUGAACACUCCAUUGAUAUUUCAUAAUUGUAUACCCUAACGCUUUCAUUAUUAACGACUGACGCAGUUGUCUUAAAAGCCAUACAUGCCGAUUUCCUUUCGGAUCUUCUUUUUCCAUCUAGGCAUGGGAGAAAAACCUUCUCUGGAUCAUCUCGUCUUAUAAUCCUUGUCUUUGGAUUGCCAUUGAGCUGCGGUAACCAGUGCUAUUACCGUUGAGCUGUGGCUCAUUUAUAGUUGCCGGCGUAUUACCAGAAACGCAUCUGAUGUGAAGCCGGCCAUGUGCGCCCUGCAUCCGAGAGCAUUAACUUUCGAUACUACCACGAAGACAAUACGACGGGAGCAAGCUAGUAGCAGCAAGGAAGGGCACAACUAAUUACUAGGAGAAGGCCAGUAAGUGUGCGGAACAAGAAAGAAAGGGAUAAAGGGCAAUAGCCGUUCUAUACAGCCGUAUCCGCUGUGCGGCCGUCGCUGGUCGAAGCUACGGAGAGGCAAUUGCCGCUUCUGCUGCCGCUGCAACACAGCAACCGCCUAUAUUAACAAUGGCCUAUCGUCGACGUUAGCUUGCCGUAAUUUCUUGUAGCUAUUCUUGCUCGGCUAGCACUGGCUGGAAGAAACAUCAACUAUAGUGAUUUCCGUUACGAAACAGCGUUAGAGUUGGACCCAGUGACCGCAGAGUAGUAACAUAGUUGGAGUCAGCGCAGCAUUAACAGCAGCGGCUCUCAGCCUCGUUAGCUACUUCGCCUCUGCUAACUGGCUUCCAUUAUUAUUACGUCUGCUACCCUGUCGUCAUCGUCGUUCGCCCAUUAUUGUUCACUCUUCGACUCCCUUUCAGUCGAUGGCUGACUAGCUGACUGAUACAAGAGCUUAACGAUUAUCUCUGCGACGACUUUCGCUACCGCUUUCCCUGCUGCAGAUCAGUGCCGCUACUAACUAGUAUUGACUACGGAUAGCGGGAGCAGACUGCCUUAGCCAUUGCCGCCGCGAGUUCAGCAUCAGCAGAGCAAUAAUAUUUUGGAGUGAGUUGGUCGCGGCUGCUGCUGUGUCUGAUGUUUGUGUUAGUCAUCGAUGGUACAGCAUAGCAGCAGCAGCAGCAGCGACGAUCAUCAAUACAAUUAGUACAGGGAACCGCAGCAGGAUUGACAGCAUCAGCAGUGUUCCGCUUUAGAAAAGAGAAGCAUCGUCAGCGACAACGAUCACUGUCAGUCAAGCGAGCGAAGUCGAUCAUCGUCUGACUCGUAGAAAUCGGAUCAUCAUUCACUCAUGGUUGGUCCCGCCAGCCAACUUCGGUCAGAAAAGCGUAUCCUGUACUUUCUCGAUGGCACUCUCAAUCGAUGAAUGAUUUGUUUGUCGAAAACGACGACAGCGGCAACAGCGGCGGUGAUGGUGGUGGCGGCGGCGGCGGCUGACGACAACUGAAAAAAAGCAGGAGAAAUGGAGAGAAAAGAAGCUUCAGUGUGUGCCUUUAUUUGAUGCAUAUAUUUUUGACUUGCGUGUAAAGCACAAGUGUCCUCGUUUUGUAUGCAUGUGUUUGUGUGCUUCGUAUUGUGCAGAAUAAACAGAAGAGUUAAAUGAAUUGAGCUGGUUAUUUUUCGUUGCGUAAGCAGCGACAGAAAUGAGGAGUGAUCAAGCAGGCUCAACAACGGUCAUGCAAGUAACGUUAUCGCUUGUAUCGAUACCAUUGUUCGAUACUGCUUGAGCAGAGUCAUCGCAGUGUUUCAGUAAAGGGUAUACGUAUUAGUUACAGUGGAUCGGGGAACCUCAACCAGUGACAGAUGACCAGUUUGUUAGCCAGCAAACCGUUUACUCAAAACUGUCACUUGUGGUCUGGUGCUGUUUCGCGCUGCUUUCGCUGUUUGCUGCCAGUUCGGUAGCUCAUCGUCUCGCACCUUAUGGGCGCCAGUGCUGCCAUUGUUGUGGGCGGGUGUUCUCCGUUUCAGCAAUCGCUCAGCGCCGCAAAGAACAUUGUGUCAUCGUCACAGCUUUGCUUGCAUGCUAAUCGUAGCAGUAAUGGAUGCCGAGCGAUAUGAUCAAUUUCAUACCAAAUAUAUUCUAUAUAAUAUCUAAGCAGAGCGAAUUAUAUAAUAAGGCGGCCGUUACGCUGGCUGAGGCGGCGCCGGCAACAACACCAACAACGACAACAGCAGCAACAGCAGCAGCAGCAGCAGCAGCAGCAGCAGCAGCGGCGGCGGCGGCGGCGGAGAACAACGUUCACCACGGUGGCGUAGUAGGAACUGUUAAAUCGCUGCAGUGGUGUGAGCCAUCGUCCUGAUCAUCGUGUGCUGUUGCCAUUGCCGUCAUCGUUGGUUCUUUCAGCCAGCACCAUCGUCAGCAGCGGCCGCCCCCGCUACCGGCUGUGGACUCUUGGUUUUCGGCUUUCAAUCUGCAUUCUCUCAACCUGCUGUCGUCGUGUCGCUGCUACAGCAGCGGUAUACAACUACCAUUGCAGUACUGACAGUUUAUCAACUAAACCAACCCGCCAGACACCUGCGUCUGUCUAAUAGUAACCCGACGAUCCGGCUGUCCAAAUUGGUUGAAUGAUUUCUGUGACCACCGACAGCAGACAUCCGGCGACUUGUGGCCACUUGACCCUCCGUGAGUGACAGUAGGACCGAUGAGGGCGAGAAGGGGCGGAGAGGGAGCGAGACAGAAAGCGCAAAAGGGAAAGAACAAUAGAAACGGACAAGGUAACAACACAUCCAUCUGCACAACUAAACGAAAGAGGAGGGCCAGCUGCCAACAAACUACUGCCAAUCAGGCAUCGUCAUUACAUAGUAAACGCAGGUUAACACUGUAGCAGAUCCGUAGCCACCGCUUGUUUCAGUAGUACUCAGUACUGAUAACAGCAGCGGGGACCUGUUGCGCUAUCGCUCUCGAUACAGCCGCCUCUGCUGCAUCGCUGGUCACCGAAUCUGCCACGGCGCUAUCUCACGUCUCUGCUUUAUGUUUGUACUCUUCGCCGGGGUUUUAAUUGUUGUAUAGCAUAGAACUAUAUGUAUGCUGCUUAAGCUAAGCGACUAAUCGCAGUAGCAGCAUAAGAGUAUCGGAAUACUGGCACCUAUAGCGACGCAUGCAGCCGCCUUGCGUCAGGAGCGAUCACCUACUGAUAGAAAUGAGAGACCAACGAGUGCUGCUGAGACUAGACUAACGAUGAGAAACAGCUAACAGAUAUAUGAGAUCUUUACUUCCUUUUAUCGUUGGUUUCCGUAUGGAAACGCAACAAACAAACUAAUCAAUACAAGCAAUAGUUUUCCAUCUCGGAAAAGGGUACAACUGUUGAAAAUUAAUGCGAGUCUAGUGGAGUUGUGCACGCGACAAUCUUUCGUACCAGUUCAAUACUAUCGCAUUCGUAUUUUAUGCACUUCAAGUGAAGUGAGUAAUGCUCAAUUAUUUGUGACUCCAGAGUAGCAGUGAUCGAGCAACGAUAAUAAUUAUUAUCUACAUUCAUAAAAUAGUUGGAAGGCAAUUAGGCAGUGAGUUUAGCUGUCCGGAAAUAGUAACUCAAGAUGACAACUAUCGAAGGCGAAUUCGACGCAAUCGAACAGGAACGCUCCUGGCAGAAGGUGUUCGCAAACAUUCGAACUCGUUCAUCGCAGCAUGAUUUUUCAACGAAAGAGGCUAAGAAGGCCGAAAACCUUAAAUUAAAUCGGUACGCCGACGUCAGCCCGUACGAUCAUUCUAGGGUGGUGCUACACAGAUCCAAUGUCAAUUAUAUCAAUGCGAGCGUGGUGCCGGUGGAAAAUGCUGGACGGGAAUAUAUACUGACUCAGGGACCCCUGGCUGAAACUCUACCCCACUUUUGGCUCAUGGUUUGGGAAAAUAAUACAAAGGGAAUCGUCAUGCUCAACAAAUUGGUUGAGAAUGACGCAAAGAAGUGCCAUCGGUACUGGCCAGACGCGAACGAGAAAAAAAUCGCUUUCGAAGGUGUCGAUCUUCGAGUCAGUUUCGUUUCGGAAAGUACCAAGGAGAGCUACAUAUGCCGGACUUUCCAGUUGCAUGACAGCAAAAUUGAUACCACUAGAGACGUCCUGCACUUCCAUUAUGUCAACUGGCCAGAUUUCGGAGUUCCACGAAGCCCUAAUGACUUUUUAGACUUCCUUGAAGAUGUGAGAUAUUCCGGCUGCUUAGACGCUAACGUGGGUCCCGCCGUAGUGCACUGCUCAGCUGGUAUCGGCCGCUCGGGAACGUUCUGCGUCGUCGAUUCAAUUUUGAAAAUGAUCGAAGAAGGAAGAGCGGAAAGCGAUAUCAAAUUGCAGGACGUUCUCAUCGAUAUGCGGCGCUUCCGAAUGUCGCUCAUUCAAACUGCCGAACAGCUGCGUUUUUCGUAUCUAGCAAUCCUUGAAGCGCUGAGAAGACGACAGGGCAGGUCACCAUAUCUCAGCCGGCGGGGCGUUAACGACGAUGCCCCUCCACCACCACCUCACCGAGUCGGCAUUGGUAACAAAUCUUCGAAUAUGCCAAUUAUGGUUGUCAACUCAACGGCGGUGUCAUCAAGUGACGACGAUGAGGACGACGACAUUAACGACAAGAAUUCACCAGUUGCUGAAUUAAGUGGAUUUCAAGAUUCGGCCGUCUCUUCGGAAAUGAGCAGCGGCGAUGAAAGCAGCGAAGACAUACCACCCCCUCUACCGCCGAGGCACAUUUUUGCAGCGGAUUCACCCAUUUCGUCUGAAGACAGCCCGGCAAGGUCUGAACAACAACAGUCGCAACAGCGACUAGAAACCAGCCAGACUGAAGAAACACACAAACAAAUUUCAAACAAUAUAAAUCUCUCAAAGGAUUUUCAGCAAAAUAAUCGGGAGGCAAGCGAGAAGGCUCUUCAGGCUAAAGCCGCACUCCAAACGGCGACGCCAAGCUCCAUACAGCAAACAAUUACUGAGGAUCUUCAGAGCUUUGAACAGGAAAUUCUUUCGAAAGAAACAAUGCAACAACCAAAGCCUUUCAAAGGAGGCAACGCUGAGAAGACAGCAGACAUAAGCCAGUCGAGCAAGAAGCAGGAUGAAUACGGCGAUGCAUCAGGAGAAGAGCAUAGAACCUGCUUGCGUCAGCGCAAGCGACAACGCGACCAAAAGAUCAAGGACAAGGUUCAGGCCAUUAAGAAAGGCAUUGCUGAUUCUGAGGCAGCGCACCAAAGGCGAGGUCUGUUUGAGAAACUUGGAAUCGGGUUCGUAGUUCUUAUGGGAACCGGCAUCCUGAUGUACCGCAUAUAUAAUUAUUGGCGCAGCUAAAUGGAUCUUAGGUGGUCACCUAAAGGUCACCCAUAUCUUUACAUACACUGCGGUAUUUUUCUCAGAGAUUGAUAAGCAUCAACUAACUUAUUCUGUGGCAGGAGACCUAAAGCAAAAAAGUCUCGGGGCCAUAUGGUCUCACCUAUUCAUCUUGCCCAGCUCGAGUAUCAAGCUCUAUAUUGUCUAUAUAAUUAUUACAUUAUUACAUUAUAGAUGUCCAUAGCCUUUAUAAGUAGCGAUAGAGACAUUUGUAACGAAUGCGAAUUAAUGCCGAAGAACGAACUUCCAUUGAUCAAUCGAAAAAUAGUUUCGAAGCAAAUGACAAAACCUUUUGUGGGAAGUUGUCAAAACGCCGAAAAUAAUAUUAUUGGCAUUAGUACUGAGGUGAAUAAGUAAAAAAAAAAGUGAAUAAGGAAGAGAAAGGCUAUAGGGAACAACUGUGUCGCAUAGAUAUACGCAUGUACUGAAAGCAUAGGGUAUAAGAAAAAAGACUGCAGUAUAAAUUCGUAGGUAUGCAUACGCAUCAAGUAUAUUGAUACAUGAACGCAGCGAGAAGGUUUACGAUACGAUGACAGUCUAAUGAUAACAGUAGUCAAAUUACCAGGAGCGCGGAGAGAUUUAAUACUUUAAAAUUUACACGUCGUAUAGAUUUAGAUGAUACGGAAAAAAAGUAAAUAAUUUGUACCUACUAUAAAAACAACACCAGACCAAACCAAUGAGAAUGAGUGUUGAGCAGUGCGAAAGGGAAAGACGAAAAAGAGGACUAAAUAAAAAUAAAAAGAGGUUCGAUGUCGAACUGAUGGACGAAUAGGUGUGAUAAAUACACUUAUGAGUAGUAAGAUGUCAGUGGCCAACAGCCGUGUAUAGAACGCGAUAUGUGUAUACAAUUCACGUAAGAUGUGCUUGAGCUCCCUAAACUCGUCCGGAAUGUGCAGGUGUGGUUUGACUUGCCAAUAAAAAACAUGUCAGAUAUCUCAUU